UUAGUUCACUAUAAUAUUAUUUGUUGUAUAUGUAUGUACUUUGUAGCGUGUUAUCUCACAUUGGUUCUGGUCAUUAACCCACUUUUGCCUUACGCUACGUGUUCAUUGCAACUAGCUAGGAGAGCUCCAGGAACAGUGCAGACCAACAUGUCUCGGGCACCGGACAGACUCAGACAUCUACUCGGACAUCUUGACCGUCCUCCUGCCGCUAUUAGAGCUUCACCAACUGCUGUCCAAGCCUACACCCUCAGUCAGCCUUUGAAUUUAAGAUACACUGUGGACAACAAUGUGCUGACUCCGGAGCAGAGGCUGUUCUAUGAGGAAAAUGGCUUCCUCGUCAUCAAGAAUCUGGUGCCGCAUGAGGACAUUGACAAAUUCAGAAAGGAGUUUGAGCGUAUCUGCCGACAAGAAUUUGAAGUUCCUGGUCUGGUCGUGAUGAGGGACGUGGCCAUUGCUAAAUCUGAGUUUGUCCCAGAUCAAAGAGCAGUGUCCAAAGUGCAGGACUUUCACGAGGACCCUGAGCUCUUCCGAUACUGCUCCUUGCCACAGAUCCUGAAGUAUGUAGAGUGUUUCACUGGACCCAACAUUAUGGCCAUGCACACCAUGUUGAUCAACAAACCUCCUGAUUUAGGUAAGAAGACCUCUCGUCACCCCAUGCAUCAGGACCUACAUUACUUCCCCUUCAGACCUGCUGACCGGAUCGUCUGCGCCUGGACUGCCAUGGAAGUUGUGAACAGACAAAAUGGCUGCCUGGUGGUUCUACCUGGGACUCACACAGGGACUCUGAAGGAGCAUGACUAUCCUGAGUGGGAGGGUGGCGUGAAUAAGAUGUAUCAUGGAGUGAGGGACUUUAACCCGGACCAUCCCAGAACGCACCUGGAGAUGGAGAAAGGAGACACUGUGUUCUUCCACCCGCUGCUCAUCCAUGGCUCUGGCAUGAACCAGACACAGGGUUUUCGCAAGGCCAUCUCCUGUCACUACGCUGCUGCUGAAUGCUACUAUAUUGAUGUGAGGGGAACUACACAAGAAAACAUCGAGGUGGAGGUGAAUGAGAUUGCAAAGAGGCGGUACAAUUUGGACGAGUUCAGAUUCCAGGACGCUUGGGCUUUCAGAGCAAGAGUGGUGCAAGGAGAGAGGAUUUCAUUGUGAAGAAGAAUAUCAACAUGUUAUCAACACGGAUGACCUGCAAUGCUAAAGGAAAUCUUUGAACAAGAAAAACAGUACAUUAGUAUAGAUUGGUAUAGAUUUUAAGGAUUUUUACUAAUUUUAUCCAACUUAAAAAAAAACAAAAAAAAACUAUAAAACACAAUUUUGAAGUGAGAAUUUUUUGAUUGGGAAUUGGGUUUUUAAAGCAAUUGUAAUUUAAGCAGUGAAAUACACUAUAAUGAGAUUGGGCUAAUAUGAAUAGCUAUUACUCUUGCAUUACAUGUUCAACCAACAUUGCUAGAAAUAUACUGUAGAUAAUAUGUUUUUGAAAAAUAGAAAACGAUUGUAAAACAUAGGAUUUACUGCAUGUUGACAAAGAGUUACUGUGAAUUUUUUUAAGGAAUGAGCACAGUGACUGAAGUGAUCAUGGAUUAAGCAAGUUGGCUUUAACCAUUAUUGUGUUGCCUUAAUAAUUUUGAUGAAGAUGUGCCUAUAUUUUUAUUGUAAUUGUUUAUGACUGUAAUAUCGAGUGAACAGAGUUUAAGUAAUACAUUUAAUACAAUACUUCUGAGUGUU